ACAAAAUUGCCCUAAACCAGCAAAUUGUUUCCAUAUGUCUCUUGUAUUUGAUCAGAAGGUUUCAGCCUUUUAACAUUCUGAAUGGGAAGCUGGCCUUGAUGGAGAGAUAUUGGUAAAGGUUUGGGGACCCCAAGGGAGAAGGGGCGGAACUCCAAACAAGUCUCAGGCUGAGCUGGAUGGAAUGCAAUUAAAUUCCCACUAACACCCAACACACAUGGAAGCUUGUAAUCUGCCCCCGUGGAUGCUGAGUUUGAGGAAAAAGUUGGAGCAAUUUUAAAUGUUGCAUUUGGACACCACCAGGGAAUGCAUCAGCAGCAGAAGCCACUGGAGGAAGUAGAGGGUGGAAUCAACAGCUCUUUCAUACUAUGAAGCUGGACGGUCAGCAGCAAGAAGCCUGAGUCCUCACUGAGAAAGGAACUGAGAUGGGGUUCUUCCUCUUUAUGCUGUUGUUUUUGGUGAUACAUGCUGCGACCUGGCCAGACCUGGGCCAAUCCAAACAGAGUGUCCAGAAGUGUGUCCGAUGCUGCAGCCCCACAGGAACUCCAGCUGCUGCCACUUCCAGUAGGAUGAGUAACUAUCCCUCAUGGGUGAUGCCCCGGCUGCAACCCACAAUUGACAUCACCAUUCUUAAAGGCGAGAAAGGUGAAUCGGGAGAAAAAGGACAAUCUGGAGUGAGUGGGAAGGAAGGAAUACCAGGCCAGCGAGGGUACCGAGGACGGAAAGGCCAGAAGGGACAAAUAGGCCUGCCAGGAAAUUCCUGCAAACAUGUCUACGAAGCCUUCUCAGUGGGACGGAAAAAGGUCCUUCACAGCUCUGACUACUUUCAAGAUGUCACAUUUGACACAGAAUUUGUGAAUCUCUACAAGCAUUUUAACAUGUUCACAGGUCGGUUUUCCUGUUAUGUGGCUGGCAUCUACUUCUUCAACCUGAACGUGCACACGUGGAACUUCAAGGAGACUUACCUGCACCUGAUGAGGAAUGACCAGGAAGCAGCUAUUCUGUACACCCAGCCCAGUGACCGAAGCAUCAUGCAGAGCCAGAGCCUCAUGCUAGACCUGGAGGAGGGAGAUGAGGUCUGGGUACGGAUGUUCAAGCGAGAACGAGAGAAUGCUAUCUACAGUGAGGAGUCUGACAUCUACAUCACCUUCAACGGCCACUUGAUUAAACCUGCUGAAGACUAACUUCCUGCUUUCCAACUCCCCUGAGACCCAAAGUCAGGAAUACAUGGACCAAGUACCAAAUGCAGGCUGUGGUGAGACAUUGUCUGGGGAAUAGCUGAGCCAAGUGGACCACCCAUCCCAUGUCAAGGAAAAUUAUCUAAAAAUCUAAAGCCUGUAGAGACAGAAAAGACAAAUGCAACAUCCAUCCCACAUCCAGGGACAUUAUCUAAUCAGGUAGCAGGUUGGGGGUGGGGGGAUGGAAUGGAUGGCACUUCUCAUGUUGUAGACAUGAGACUGAGAUAGAUUCCUACCUCACAGAUUAAGUGAGCCAGGCAACUUUUAUUAAAGGUAUGGUGUGAGGUGCUUUAUUGUCCCCUUCCUGGACAAAAUUAAUUGGAGUGAAAUUGGAUGCAUUUUGGUACUAAAUGACUUGAGUUGUCUACAUAGACACAGUUUAGCAGAUGACUAUCCACCUUUACCUUUUACUUUGUACUAUAUGGAUCAAGGUCUACAAUUCUCAGAAAAUUGCUUUUUUCAAAACUCCUACACAGAUAGUUCAUUCAAUUUGUCCAUCUGUCUGUCUGUCUGUCUCUCUCUCCAUAUACAUAUAUACACAAACAUAUGGAAAACAUCAUUUUCAAGGAGUUCAUUCACUUGAAGAUCUUAUUAGGAUCAGCAUCACAUUUGCAACAAUGGCCUAAUUGAAACUUAACUCUUCAUGCCUAGGAGUCUUGUCCUCCUUGACUAGACUGUCAGCUUCUUCAUCACAGGUCACCUACUCCAUUUCUCAGUGCCUUCCUCUACUGAAUGGUGACUUUUAUUCUCUGCUGUUCUCUUACUGUGUAAUCACUUAAGGAUUAUAAUAAAGUAAGUGUUUAAAAUAUCUUUGUGUUGGUCAUUGGGAAUUGAUGUAAUGGACUCAUUAGGAAAGGAUGUGGAUCUCUCCAGGAUAGUCCCUGAUUUUCUCCCUCUAGACUACAUGUAUCUUAGAUUCUUUCAGUCUCUAUUGAUGCAAUAAUACAACUAGCCCAAUAUUCUACAUACACUUUGCUUUAUACUACUACUAAUAAUAGGAAGCAUAUAAAACAUUUGCAAAGCACCUUACUCAUGGCAUUUCAAUUGUCCAUUCAAUCCUGCUAUGUGCCAGGCAUUGUGCUAAGUGCUUUACAAUUAUUGUUUCAUUUGAUUCCCACUGUACCCCUGGAAGGCAAGUGUGAUUAUUACUCACAUUUACAAGUAGAAAACCAGGGCAGAGAGAGGUUAAGUGAUUUGCCCAGAGUCAUAGUAUAAUGCCUCAGUCUCCUUGCCUCAGUUUUCCUGGUGGCCAUCCCCCUUCCUGGCCAUUAGGACUAAGAGAAUUAGGGCCUCUGAAGCUCUGGUCACUCUCAUAUUCCAAAGAAUCAUAAAACUCCAGAUGGCUUAUUUCAAAUACCUAAAUGGCACUCUCUAUCUUUCUGGUCUCAGACUUCUCUCUUGCUCGACCAUUUUCUUGACCCCCAACCUGUCAGAAUUAAAAAGUCUUUCCUGGAAUUUCCAUUCACCCUGCCCCUUGCCUUUGUUUCCCUG